AAGAAAAUGAUGUUUUAUCUUGAAGACAAGAAAGCCUCAAAGCAAGGAAUAGCCAACUACUCCGUACUUUUCUUCCCCAAAGUUCUUCCAUCCUGUAUAGUCAGUCCCUGGAUUUGUUCGCAAUUUUUGCUGGGUUAAUCCGCGCAAUAAUUUUUGGGAUAGAUACCUGCGGGCGAGCUCUUCCUUAAGCUCGCCGAGAUCCGCAAUGAUUUCGUUAUCAAACCCUCCUUAUUUCCUCAUCGCCUUCUCCCUUUUCAUCGUCAUUCUCUGUUCGCCAACGGCCGUCCUUGGAGAGUCCAGCGACAACCUAAUCCUCUUGCCGUCCGAUGAUCGGGACAACGAUGCCAUCUGCCCCAUUCAAGAUUCUGGGGAUUCCUGUCCAAUCAACUGUUUCCGACCCGACCCGGUUUGCGGCGUCAAUGGCGUGACGUAUUGGUGCGGUUGUGCAGAUGCACAUUGCAAUGGCGUGGAGGUGGCGAGGCUAGGGUUUUGCGACGUGGGGAAUGGCGGAUCGGGUCCAAUCUCGGGUCAGGCCCUUUUGCUGACUAAAAAACGAAACGGAAGAGACGCGCAAGACGCAAGUGCCAAUCCAACUCAUCGAAGAAACCAGAAACUUCAAGCCGACGACCUGCACGCUGCACGCCUCCACCGCCGGACGCUGAGUUGCCGUCCUGCACGGCGCACGCCUCCACCCUCCAGAAAUAAUUCAAUAGAUGUGAAGAUGUGAUCAACCAAUUUGCUCUCAAGAAUGCAAGGAGAACUUGUCGAAUCCUUGACUAGCUUUUACGGUUUGUAAUUAUAAUACUAUAAUUUUGUCAUUUAUUUUUUUUCUUCUAAUAAUAUUGCGUUAGUUAU